AUGCCGGCGGUGAUGGAGAAGCCCUCGGGGAUCCUGUCCCGCAGCCGCGCCAAGUCCGAGGAUGAGGCCAGCGAGGACGAGCACGGCCACGACAGCAUGAUCCGGGUGGGGGCCGACUACCAGGCGGUGAUUCCCGACUGCAAACCAGAGAGCCCCGCUCGCUACAGCAACAAGGAGCUCAAGGGGAUGCUGGUGUGGGCCCCCAACCACUGCGUGUCCGACGCCAAAACGUACAUCGCCAUGGCCAAGGACAAGCACGGCUACAACAUCGAGCAGGCCCUGGGCAUGCUGCUGUGGCACAAGCACGACGUGGAGAAGUCCCUGGCUGACCUGGCCAACUUCACCCCGUUCCCGGACGAGUGGACGGUGGAGGACAAGGUGCUGUUCGAGCAGGCCUUCAGCUGCCACGGCAAGAGCUUCGCCCGCAUCCAGCAGAUGCUCCCGGACAAGCUGAUCCCCAGCCUGGUCAAGUAUUAUUACUCCUGGAAGAAGACGCGGUCCCGCACCAGCGUCAUGGACAGGCAGGCCCGGCGCCUCCUGGGCCGCCGCGACCGCGACGACAGCAACGACGAGACCGACGAGCACCGGCCCAGCCCCGACGGGGACCUGGAGCCUGCGGACCCCAAAAAGGAGCCGUGCGUGGCCAAGGCGGGGCCGCGCAAGGAGCCGCAGUACCGGCACCACCCCCCGGCGCGGCAGCGGCGCCGCCCCCCCCGCGGGAUGCGCCUGAGCCGCGAGGACGUGGCCGAGGUGACGGCGAACCCCGACCUGGGCGCGCGGGCGCUGCGGCAGCUCGACUGCCAGCUGGUGGCGCUGAAACGGCAGGUGCAGCGCAUCAAGCAGAUCAACAGCGGCCUCAGGCAGGCGCUGGACGGGGGCCUGGAGGGGCUGCGGCCCGCCUGAGGUGGGUCCCUGUGAGCCCCACGCUCUCCCCGCUGGACAACGGACGAGCAGCUGCUGGUGGUGCAGGCCCUGCGCCGCUACGGCCAGGAUUUCCCGGCGGUCGCGGCCGUGCUGGGCAACAAAACGGCGGCGCAGGUUCGGAGCUUCGUGCUGGGCCCGCGGCGCCGCCUGGGGCUGGAGCGGCUCCUGCAGGAGCGCCAGGGCCAGGGGGAGCCCCCCGGGGAGCGCCCCCAGCCCGACCGGGAGGAGGAGGAGGAGGUGCAGAUCACGGGCGUUUCCCGCCCGGCCCCGCCCCCGCCGCCCUCCUCGGACGUGCCCACCAAGGCCUGGAUGUUGAUCGAGGCCCCAUCCAGGAGCCCCCAGGUCCAUCCUGGAGCCCCCAGGUCCAUCCUGGUGCUCCCGUGUCCCCCCCGUGGGCGUUCCCCCGCCGUGUCCGUGGCUCCGUGGCCACCUCAGGGCCACUCCCGGGUCACCGUGGGCCGUGUCCCCAAGAGCCGGAGCUCGGUGGCCACUCCAGGGUCACUCUGUCCGUGUCCCCAAGAGCCGCAGCUCCAAUGUGGCCGCUCCUGGGUCACCGGGUCCUCAACAGCUGCAGCCUGGCGGCCGCCUCGGAGCUGCUCCUGGGUCACCGUGUCCGUGUCCCCAGAGCUCCACGGCCGCAUCCCGGCUCUCCGUGUCCGUGUCCCAAGAGCUGCAGCUCAGGGGCCGCUCCUGGGCCACCGGGUCCCUGGAGCUCCGUGGCCACCUUGGAGCCGCUCCUGGCUCUCCGUGUCCCGCAUCCCCAGGAGCCGCAGCUCCGAGGGUGGCCGUGGCCGUGUCCCCAGGUGA